AUGUUACCCGUUCCAUGGAAGCAGGAAACUAAUUUUGCCAGCGCAUUGCUGCUGCAUUCGUACAUAACCGUCUUUUUAAAGGAAAUCAGUAACAGUACAGCCGUCCUUUACUACAUAUUCAUUCUUGCCAAAGACAAAACUACUAUUGAUACUUCUGACAUGCUUGACGGCUACACAUCCGUCUUCUCCAGAGAUCAAGAUAGCGAGCUGGCUAAGCUAUACUUUACAAACACUGGGUUUGUCCUAUUGAUAACCUCGCUUGCGUCCGCAAUCGUCAUGAACCUAGCUCUUCCAACAGGAGUACUAAACGCACUAAUUGCAGCUACCUUUGGCUUAACCUUCCUGACAUCCGCUGUAGUAACAUGUAAGAAGAAGAGUUUUGCCAUGCCUGUUAUGGCUCUUCGGCGUACAGGGCGAUUCAUCUGGUCAGACACGCCGUUUGUCAACUUCUUCUCGUUGAUUUAUAUUGCUAUCGUUUUGAAAGAGUCCUCGAAGCUUGCUUUGAGAGACUACGUUAUCUUUCGAUCCAUUUCGAUCCUGGAGCUUGUCUUUAUCAAGGCUAGGCUGGCAGCUGCAGACGCAGAGACGCAGCAGGUCAUGUUGAAGCGUCUUGUUGAUAGCAAAUACGCUGUCAUUAGCAGCAAAUGCCUCCCUGCUGCCCGUAGUCCGCCAAAGCCACUCGAGCACGCGUGUAUUGUACCUUCUAUGAGCUCCCAGUGCUUAUUUGUUGUGUUAUACAAAACUGCAAUCGGCCAUAUCGAGGGUUCUGUUUGCGGGGCAUCAGGCCCUACUACGAUGACUAUCCCAAAGAACCCGGGGUUCUUCAAAGACGAGGCUGCACAAUACGGAUGGCGAGUCUACCACGUGUUGCCUACUUAUGUCUUCAUUGAAGACUGCGGAAUGGCAGCCCGUUAUACCAAGUUCAUCUCAUGGAGCCACGGAGUACUGUUGCGCCGUCUUGGCAGGCGCAGGGUUGUUUGGUUGAUGCAUACAGGGCAAGAUGAACGUGGAGCUGGAAGCUGGAAAGGCAACAUCAACCUUGUUACUGAAUUGAAGGAGACGUGGUUCAACGACAGAGGCAGAUUUAGACCUAUGACCGGCGAUGAUGAUGGAGACGCAAGAGUAAACGUCGUAUGGUAAAAAUAGUCACCGGCUCGACGUAUACGCCAACCCUA